CUGGGCUCGCCUGUUUCACGCGCCUCGGCCACCGCAAUGGAGCAAAGUCGCCUCUCUCUGCAGGGCCGGAGGCAAGGCGGGAGCCCGGCGCCUCCCUCGACCGGCACGAAGUCCGCCUUCGCCAAGAGCGCCGGGGCGGAGGACGAGGCCGAGCUCGAAGCCGCCGUCUCCAAGCUCGUCUGCAAAGUUGGGCGCGUCCAGACGGAAGCGCGCACGUAUCUGCACUCGGCCAUAGGCUGUGAGCGGGCCAAGCGCUGGCGGGAGGCAAUUGAAAACUAUAGAAAGCUGCUAUCUUGCAUGAACACAAUGAAGUUUCCUGCAGAAUAUGUUCCUGGUCAUAGCUGUAUACGGCUGGUGUUUGAAACCUAUUAUCAUCUAGGAGUUGCUCUCCAAAAAUUAGAUUUGCACCGUGAUGCUUUCGAAGCGUUUACUAAUGCAAUAGAAGCUGCAAAUGUCCCCAAGCGUGUCUGUCAUGUUGGCUGCGUUACAGGCUCCUACUACCAGACACCUGCGUUUGCGAGGAGAGCUUAUGCAUAUGUAAAAUGCGGCAAAAUCAAAAAAGCAAUAUGUGAUGCUACAAGAGCUGUGGAUUUAGACCCCAGGAAUCCUGAUGUGUACUGUAUCAGAGCUCUUGCAUGGAGCUCAGCAAAAGAAAAAAUGAGAGCCCUUACUGAUUUGAACUUUAGUUUCAAGCUGAAUUCAUCUCAUAUUUGCACUAUGAUCUUAAGGGGAGCUAUUUUAAACUCCCUUGGGAAACUGCCUCCUCCGAAGAAAAAUAAAGAUCAUGAAAAGGCAUCUAAUAUUUCCUGGGAAAGUAGGAAUUUCUUUGAUGUGGAAGAUUUUUAUAGUCCCAAAAUUUCUUCAUUCUAUGAUAAAUACCUCUGGUCUCUAAAUGUUUUUCACACCGUAACUGAAAUAGACCUGUUCGAUGGAGCUAGAUUCCUCUCCAACUCCAUUAACAAAAACAAAGAACAAAACCUGAGGAGACCAUUUAAAUGUGGCUCUCUGACAGUGUAUUCCGACAACAUUUCCUUAUUAAGGCGAAAGAUGUACUCACGGCAAAGCAUGGCAUCAGUCACAGGAAUUACUGGGAAGAGUCGCUCCAGUUUAUCAUCAGCAUCUGGCAGUGAAAAUUUAAAGAAAACUGUGGCAAAAAGAACAAGUUCAUUUACAGGCUGGGAGGCAUGAAGAAGAAAACAGCUUUCAACAGGAUCAUGGUGGCCUAGUACACGUGGCAAAGUAUCAAGUGAUGUUUUUGGCAGUGGAGCUUAAAAUAUGCUAUAUUUUAAAACUGGCAUUCUUUAAAAUGUAUUCCGUUCCUUAGUAAAGGGCUUUAUUUAAUAUAUGCAUAUGCUAAGUGUGUUUGUAUUGUACCUCCUUGGUGCGGCUCUCAGGAUCCUCACUUGUUUGUGGGUGGCAUGACAAAACCUACGCCGGCCCCAAAUCUAUUUGCAUUGUGCAUUUACACUGUUAUGGGGGAUGAGGCAUGAUUCAUCUUCAAGUCCUAAAGAGAAAACACAGCUUGAUAUUAUAACUGGAGAGGGCCCAUAAGACUUUUCAAAAUAAGCGUGAGUGACUUGAACUUGCCCAUUGACCACAUUAUGCAGUGCUAUAACAUUACUCAUUUAUAUCAAUUCAGAACACUCUGCAUAAAAUUGAUUCUGAACAGGAAGGGAAAUACCUGUACUCUUAGUGGUACCACACACACCUCACUUUUUGUCCCCUUGACGCACCCAAAAGGCAUCUAACAAAAAUUUCAAAACAAUAUUCUGUCUAAAUAGCAUAACAUGAAAGCAAGUGGAACAAAGUUUUUUCAGGCUUGAAAACUUUCUAGGCUGGGUUAUUAUGCCUAUGAGCAUAAUAACUGUUUCUCGGUCUUUCUGUUUAUUACCAAAAAUAGUAGUGCAGUUCUAGUCUUGAAUACACCUCUUGGAUUUUGCUAAUGUGAAUAUGCCUUGCCCUGCUUUAGCCAAGGUGAUUGAAUCAUGCCAUAAAUUUCGCACGAACCUCUUGGUACAUAAAGUCUAAAAGAGCAAAACCAAUAAAACUUUUUGAUGCUGCUUUGGAGUAUACCAAUAUUGACUAUAUUUUCCCUGUCUUUAUUAGUGAAAGGAUUUAUUUUUUUAUUUAUUUGCCAGCUGGUGUGUGGCAUGCUUAGGAUUUUGUGCAGUGCUCUUUCACAGUGCAAUGACAACUUCAUAUUGAAGUCAGAAAUUCAUAGAGGCAUAAACACAGCUGCUUAUACCCAUAAAAUAACUUGUUUACAAGGGGAGGCAUAAUCAGUACUAUCAAGUGUUUUGUCAAUUACAUUAAAAAGAGAAACAGAAAACAAUAUGUAUUUGACAGGAGACCAUUUUAAGAUAUUAUAUUUGCAUAAUGCACAUCUUUUUACGUUGUGCGAAGCAGUGAGACACAGAAAGAAUGGUAUCCAUUAUUCAUGAUUUGAAGUAAAGCAUUGCAUGGAAACGCAGGGCUGAGACUUCUGAUGUUUGCAGACUUGUUUCUUUCUUGCUUGGGAAAUUAUGGUCAAUUAUUGUUGUUUUGCUGUUUAACUACAUCUUGUUCCUUGAAUGGAUGACAUCCCUUUCAUACGGUCUUCUAGUUAGCACAGAUCAGCACCAAUGUUUUUGACAUCUCACGAUGACAUCUCAGGGAAUAAAUGCUCCUGUAGAUCCGCUCAGCCAACAAGCUAGUUUAAGCAAUAGCCGUUUGGAUUGGCGACAAUCUGCGAGGCUUCCAAAGCAAUAACAGGCCUGUAGAUAUAAGUGUUAAAUAAGAAAUGAAAUGUUUGUUAAGGUGAUAUGAAAAGGAUUGAAUUAUGUUUGUUAAGAGAAAAAUAAGAGGAUUGAAGUAUGAUAUAGAAAUUACUGAGGAUGAUAUACAAUGGAACGCAGUUAGAAAGGACAGGAGGAAGUCAACAAUGAUAGGAUAUUAUGGUUUCUUUUUCCUUUUUGUAUUUUGUUUUGGUAUUUUUUCUUUUUGUGCUUUAUGUGAUUUUUUGUAUCUUUGUGUUUUAUGUGUUUUUCAGUGUUAUAAAAUCAAUAAAUAUAUUUGGAAACAAAAAACAGGCCUGCUCCGUAG